AUGAGUGGCCUCAAGCGCGCCCUCGACGAGUCGUCUCUUCAUGAUGGCGAUCAGCCUGCUUCGCCCACGACCGACUCGCCUGCGUCGACAGUGAAGCCUUGCUCACCCACUGCACCCACUGCACCGCCCUCUACAACCACAACCACUUCCACCACCACCACCACCACCGCCGCCGCCUCCUCAAGCUCGUUCCGCAAUGUGAGCGCCUGCAAUCGCUGUCGCCUGCGCAAGAACCGCUGUGACCAACGCCUACCCUCAUGCGCCUCCUGCGACAAGGCCAAUGUCAAGUGCGUGGGCUACGACCCCAUCACCAAGCGCGAGAUUCCACGCAGGUACGGAUAA